UGAGUCAUUGAUGAAUAUUGAAUCCUUGUCACUUUUCUCUUUCUCUCUCUGAGUACAAUCACAAGUAGAAUCAAUUAAUACAGAAAAAGCUUAAAUCUUUGAAUAAACCCAAAUCAUCCCCACCAACCCUUUUCAUUUCAUUUCGAUCUGCGAACCAGGGACCAAUGGGUACUUCCGAUGAGGACUACGACUACUUGUUCAAGCUGGUGUUGAUCGGAGACUCCGGUGUCGGCAAGUCCAACCUGCUUUCUCGAUUCACCCGGAACGAGUUCAACUUGGAGUCCAAGUCCACCAUCGGCGUUGAAUUCGCCACCCGCAGCGUCCGCAUCCAUGAUAAGACUGUCAAGGCGCAAAUCUGGGACACCGCUGGUCAAGAAAGAUACCGUGCAAUCACAAGUGCUUACUAUAGAGGAGCUGUUGGUGCAUUGAUUGUGUAUGAUGUGACCAGGCAAGUGACUUUUGAAAACGUGCAGAGGUGGCUGAAGGAGCUUAGGGAUCACACUGAUGCCAACAUUGUAAUCAUGCUUGUUGGAAACAAGGCAGAUCUUCGCCAUUUGCGUGCCGUGCCCACUGAAGAAGCCACUGCAUUUGCUGAGAGAGAAAACACCUAUUUCAUGGAGACCUCUGCACUGGAGUCCUUGAACGUGGACAAUGCUUUCAUAGAAGUGCUCUCUGAGAUAUACAAUGUUGUGAGCAGGAAGACUCUUGAGAAGGGGAAUGACCCUGGGGCCUUGCCUCAGGGGCAGACCAUCAACCUUGGUGAUGUUUCAGCAGUUAAAAAGCCUGGAUGCUGCUCGGCGUAGUUUGAGAGAGGUAUAAGAGAUAGAAGGUCUUGGUUAUAUAGUAUUGUAGGAUGUGUAGUAUUUCAUGAUUCAACUAAAUUUUCAUCAUUUUGGGAUCCAUAUCAAAUGUGUUUGAUACUUAAAAAAUUUGACCUACUUGUUUUGGGAGUUUCAUUAUUUCAUUUUGUUCUUUGGUUUGGUGAAAUAGAUUGAUUCAACAACAGCCCUUUAUUGUUGUUGGUACAAUGUAGCUGUUUUCUUCAA